AUGUCAUCAGGCGCCGCGGGUGACCACACCCCAGAUCGCGGGCCAGUCGUCUUCGCCGUGACCCUGUCGACGCUCGUCUUGGCCAGCGUCUUCGUCGCAGCCCGCAUCUUUUGCCGUUAUGUCAUUGUCAAGAACGUCAGCUGGGAUGACAAGAUUAUGCUCCUCGCGCUCGUCUUGACCUUUGGCUUGUCUUUCACUAUAUGUUUCGGCACAACCAAAGGACUCGGCCGAUACGACGAUGAUAUCAGCAUGGACGAUGAGGGCGCCUUGCGCCGAUGCGAAUAUGUCUUUUCCAUCUUGUAUAACCCUGCCUUGAUGGCCACAAAAACCAGCAUCCUCAUAUUCUACCUGCGGCUGUCGAAGAACACCCAAAAGGUCCUGCGCCUUGCGUCUUGGGUCACACUCGGCAUCGUCAACGUCGCCGGCACGGUCCUGACCCUCAUCAACAUCUUUCAAUGCCGGCCCGUUCAAGCGGCAUGGCAGACUUGGACCGAGCCCGCGCAAUGUAUACCUCUGCUGACCGAAUUCAUCUGCUCAGCCCCCAUCAACAUAAUUACGAAUUUAGCCAUCGUAGCUCUCCCUAUUCCUGUCCUUACCAGUAUGCGCUUGCCGCCCCGGCAGAAGUACAUCUUGGUUUUCACAUUCUCCCUCGGCAUCUUCGUCACCGUCAUCGACGUCGUCCGCAUUUACUAUCUCCAACAGGCUGUAUCGGCCAUACCCAGCAGUCCCACCACCGAUCUCGCCGCCAAGUUUGGCGGCACACCCAACUUCGCUUGGAACUCUUCGCUGUCGUUCAUGUGGAGCGCCGUCGAGGUCAAUGUCGGAAUGACGUGCGCCUGUAUCCCCACUCUGAAGCCCCUCAUCAUCAAGAUUCUUCCCGCCAUGAUCAUCGAUCCCAACGGCACGCGGCACAGCGACAGCAAUAAGGAGGACUCCCUCAACAGCCCCGUCCGGGAUCGCCACGGCAGCGAUGGUGUUGUCCCUCCGGAAGCAUCCCCUCACGCCAACCCGCCCGGAGAUCCGAGUGCCGAGAGCUCAGGCGCUGCUGGCAUGACCGCUCUGGAUUUCCUGACAGUACCGACGGGCAUGAACGCGACGGGCGACGACACUGACGGCGAUGACCCGCUGCAAAGAGUCCGCACCGCCCGGACUGUGUCCACCAUGGGUACACAACAAGAGAAUAUGCUGUACUUUGGGUUCGUGAACAUGAAGAGGCCGAAGAGCAUGAUCAAGUGCAACUCGACCGAUUCUUUCCGCUACUGCCUCAUGGUCACCGUACUUUUCCUCCUUUGGGGCAUCUCGUACGGACUGCUCAACACGCUCAACAACGUCGUCUCGGCCGUCUCGGGUAUGUCCGUCGCCGAAACGCUCGGUCUCACCAGCGCCUACUUUGGAGGCGGUUACUUCUUUGGUCCCUUGAUCGUGGGCGAGUGGAUUCUGCGACGAGAUGAACACCACAGGGUGCACAGGAAGAAGAACAACAGCUCCGCUGAGAGUGUGGGCGGAUUCAAGGCCACUUUCAUGGUCGGUCUCUGCUUUUACGGCGUUGGGACCAUCAUCUUUUGGCCGUCGGCCGUCAUGAAGUCUUGGGGCGGCUUCCUGCUCAGCAACUUUGUUGUGGGGUUCGGCCUGUCCAUCCUGGAGACGGGUGCCAAUGCGUUCUUGAUCCUGUGCGGACCGGCGCAAUACGGCGAGACACGGCUCUGUCUCGCGCAGGGUAUCCAGGCUGUCGGCAGUGUCCUCAGCGGACUGCUGGCGCAGAAGGUCUUCUUCACGGACAUCGACCAAGACGGCUACACCAGCUCGCUGACGCUGCUCAACGUGCAGUGGACAUAUCUAGCCAUUACGCUCCUCUGCGUCGCGCUUGCACUCUUCUUCUACUACAUGCCGCUCCCUGAGGUGGGCGACGCCGAGCUGCAGGAAGCCGCCGAUCGCCUGCCGGUGAACACGCAACGACGAACGAGCUUCUUCGGCUGGCAGUUGCGCACCGUGUCGCUCGUCCUCGCCGUCAUGGCGCAGUACACGUACAUUGCGUGCCAAGAGUCCAACUCGAUCUUCUUCCGGUCUCUCCUCAUCUCGCUGCUGCCGAAGCAAGAAGAAUCGGGAGCCGGUGCGGCCAAUGCCGACACGAACCCAGGCGAGGACUCGAACCGGCCGCCGGGACUCGAUCUCGGCAUCCCGGACUACGGGCUCGUCGCGCACACGGCGUUUGCCGUUUCGCGCUUCCUCGCAGCGUGGCUGACCUACAUGGCGGUCAAGCACGCUCGCUUUCCCAAGCCUCGAACACUGCUCGGUAUCUCGGUCGCGGGCUCAUUCGUCAUGGCUCUGCUGACGGUGGUGCUCCGACCCCGAAACCCGAACCACCUCAUGAUCCCGGUGAUCCUGUUCUACUUCUUCGAGGGCCCUUGCUGGCCGCUGAUCUUCGCCAUUGGGCUGCGAGGCCAGGGCCGACGCACGAAGCGGGCAGCUGCCUUUAUCACGAUGGGUGGAUCGGGCGCUGCCUUCUUCCCGUUCGUGCUGUGGGCGAUUGUGGAGCACGGCGGGCGGGUGCAGCUGGCGUUUGUGGUGAUUGUGGCACUCUGCGUGUUGACGUUUGCGUACCCGCUGUUCCUCGAGUGCGUGCGCGACGCGAGGAUUAUGACGGAUCCGAGGAACACGGUGGUGCUGAGCGGCGGCAGCCGCGUGGCAUCGCGGACGGGACACCGACGGGACGGCAGCGGCUUUUUCAACGAGCACGGUGCAGCGGCGGAUGCGCACGACGCGGACGAGGAGCACGCGGAUGCGCACGGACACGGCGGACGAGGGCUCGGCAUCAAGGAGAAGGGCGUCCGCUUCGCAGACAUGCUGGGGGUGCACCUGGGCGGCAAGAAGCGCGAGGGCAGCCAGAACUCAGGCGCGCCGCACGUGGAGCAAUACGAGGGCGAGGGCGAGGGCGGAAUCCAGCCUGGUCAUCAGCAGCAAGAUGAGCAGCCGCAGCCGCCUCGGUCGCAGACAGCAGCAUCUCUUGUAUGA